AUGCCGGCCCGGAGGAGCACGCGCACGCGGAAGAUGUCGGGUUCGCCCGCGUCCUCUCCGCCACCUGUGGCAUCUUCGCCGCCCGCUGCAGUCGACGACGACGACGACGAUGAAAAUGAGGGAUAUGAAGACGAGGAUGAGGAGUUUGGGGAGGGGUCGGGCGCUGGCGAAGAAGAUGAGGAGGACGAAGACAGUGAAGGGGAGGGAGAAUCCGCAAGUGGCGACGACGAACCUCCCACUGUCAAAAAUGGAGACGGGGAAGAUUCUGAAGAUGAGGACAGCGAUGACGACGACGCCCCGCCCGUCGCUGUCCCACACUCGCAGGCGAAGAAGGCGGCGCGCGGUGUUCAGCAGCGCGUAGAAGAGGCCAGGGCGGAGGUGAACCGCGCAGCGAAGGCGAAAGCACAGGCGAGGCAAAAGGGCGGGAAGGGGAAGAAAGAGGCGGAAAUGGAAAUGCUGGGGAGCGACGCGGACAGCGAUGCUGAGAUGGAGGAAAGAAUGGAGCGGGCGAUGAGGGAGGCGCGGGCGGAGCUGGGGAGCGAUUCCGGGGAGGAAAGUGGGGAGGAGGAUGUCGAGAUGGGGUCGGGCAGCGAGGAGGACAGCGAUGAAGAAGACGAUGAGGAAAUGUCCGAUGUCCCCACCCCACCCCCGCCCAAACGAAAAGCCCUUUCGGCCACCAAAAACCACCUCCCAGACCACCUCUUCGCCUCUGCAUUCGCUACCCCCGCCCCCGCAAAAGCGCCUGCCCCAAAAACUGCCCCGGCCCCGCCGACUAAAAAGCGAAAACGUUCGAAGAAGGAGCUUGUCAUCGGCUCCCGCACGAUUCGCAUCGACGCUGCACACACCACGCCCUCCGCUCUGCCUUCGAAGAAGAUCCGCACGUUCACCGACCGUGCACUCGGCUUCAACGUCAAGACCGCCGAUGCGAAGACGAAGGGGAAGAAGGCCCGCAGGACGGAGUGGCAGCGCUUACCAGCUGCGAUUGGCGUGUUGAGAGGUCAUAGGGUGGAUGGCGGUGGACGGCCGGCGGCGCGGUUCGUGCGCAACGCGUGA